AUGGCAACCACAGCUAUCGUCCCGCAUUCACCUCGAAUGGGUUCCACCGCAUUCCCCCUCAAUCGUCUACCCAUUGAAAUCAUACACAUGGUCUUCGAACAAUUGACGCGAGGAUACCAACAGCGAGACAUCGCCUGCCUACGCCUUGUCUGCAAACGCUUCGCUGAUAUCGGCAACUACCACCUCCUCUCCGAAGUCCAUCUCUUCUUCAAAUCCAGCCAAUUUGAACAGCUCCGCCAGAUCUCCGAACAUCCCACCAUCAGCAAGAAAGUCAACACCCUCUUCUACGAAGCCGACACCAUGGAAGGAUAUGGCUCAAUGCAAGUAUGGAAAGAGAACAUUUGUGUUCCGGGUUGGUAUAAGAAUCUGUCACCGGGGGAUCUCCAUCCUCCUCCACCAACGGCUAGUGAGAGGGAGCAGCGGGCUUACAAACGCGAUCUGAAGAAGACGAUGCACGGGCCUAAAUUCACGCACUCAGAUAGGUUGCUGACAAGGGCAUACGACAUAUUCCAGGGGUACCUAGCGGAUCAGGAAAGCAUUCGAGCGCAAGACUACAAUGUGAAGAUGCUAAAGGAUGCUAUGAUCAAGAUGCCGAACCUGAAGACCAUCGAGAUGUCAACAGAGUGUUGUCUCAACAGUGGCCGUAGUACGAGGAUGGAGCAAGCUUUCAAGGAUGGACUGUCAGCUCCAUAUGGGGACAGGUCAACAGCGGAAGGCUGUGGGGUCGGGCAAUUACGGUCUCUACUCCUCGCCGCAGAUGUUGCUGGUCUGGAGCUCGAGACGCUUUCUGCCGGUAACCUGGACUGGCGCUUCUUCAUGGACCCAAGCAAGCAGAAUCUCGAGGCAUUGUCUGCCGACAACAUGGAUAACGUGGACUGGAGUCUCUUCAUGGAUUCAAGCAAGCAGAACCCCGAAGUCCUGCGGAAGAUGCAAAGAGCUGUACGGUCUCUACGAACCCUUAAGCUGUACAUCUCAACCAGCAGCGAGUACGACUAUGACAUGUAUUUCGACGAUCUCAGUCACGUCAUGGUACCAGAGUGUGCCAAGUACCUGCACGAAACUUCCCAUCUCAAAGACUUCAUCACCGCGAGCCCAGACCUUGAGCGCUUGGACAUCAACUUCGACUGCGACGAUCCUUACCCUCCGGCUAGCCUUUGUGAUAGUGUUGGCACCUUCAAAUGGCAUGCUCUACGCGUCGCAGCCUUCGCCUACAUCAGCGCCGACGAAGACUGCCUGGUCCAGUUCUUCGCCAGACACGCUAGCACCCUGCGAAAGAUCCGCCUGGAUACGAUCCUCCUGACCACAGGAUCAUGGGCACCCCUAAUACAACGCGCACGCAAAGUCCUCAAGCUAGAGAAAGCAGUCCUCUCUGGCAAGCUGAGAAGCAACGAUCCGGAAGAGUCCUACUAUUUCGACCUCCCGGCCGGUCUCAAUGGGGGCAAGAGGGCGAAGAUCGAGGUUGCGGUUGAGGAAUAUUUGGUCAAGGGUGGUGCUGCGCCGUUGCUGGAUUUGAACGCUCUGGCCGAGGAGCAUUACCGUGCUUAUGUGUAUCCGGACGAGGAUGCUUGGGAGUAUGUGGAUACGGAGUCCGACGAGGCCAUCAUGGAUCGAUUCUGA